AUGAAGGUGUGGGCGAGAGACAUCCCCAAUGAAGGGAUCAUUCGUUACUACAUCGCAGGAAACCUUGAAAGGAUCACAGUAACUAGCCCCAAAGUACUAAGCGAGGUUUUAGUAAGCAAAGCAUACGAUUUUGCAAAGCCACUGGUCAUACAGCAAGGAUUGGGUCGACUGCUCGGCAAUGGCAUUUUGCUUGCUGAAGGCGACGAGCACAAGUUCCAACGCAAGAAUCUUAUGCCAGCCUUUGCAUACCGUCAUAUAAAGAAUCUCUAUCCUGUCUUCUGGUCCAAGAGUAUAGAGAUGGUGAGGUUGAUUCGAAAGGAACUAAAAGGUCGAAAACCUACAGAAGACAAUACGAUUGAAGUUAAGAACUGGGCCGGCCGCUCUUCGCUGGACAUCAUCGGCCUGGCGGGGAUAGGUCGGGACUUCGACUCACUGCGCGACCCUGAAAACAGUCUUAGUAGAUCAUAUGAAAUGAUCUUCACGGCCCCUGACGUAAUGACCAAGGCCCUUUUUAUGCUUGGAAUGCUCCUUGGAGACACGAAGUGGCUGGCAAAAUUACCCACUAGGCGGAAUAAGACAAUCGAUACAGGUCGCAGCAAUAUCCGCAAAGCUGCACGGCAGAUGAUUGAAGAGCACAAAGCAAAGAUGCAGGAUCCGGAUGUGGAGAUCGGCGUUGACAUUAUUUCGGUUGCAAUGCAGAGCGGAAACUUUGACGACGAAAAUCUCGUCGACCAGCUGAUGACCUUCCUGGGGGCCGGUCAUGAAACUACGGCCGCGGCUCUUCAGUGGGCUAUAUAUUCGCUUUGCAAGCAACCGGAGGUCCAGACCCGCCUCCGUGAAGAGGUGCGCGCUAAUCUACCACCUAUUAAUGUCGGGAAUCCAGGCCCUAUUGAUGCUGCAGCAGUCGAUAACCUUCAGUAUCUAAACGCUGUCUGCAACGAGGUUAUUCGAUUCCGUCCGUCUAUACCAAACACUGUCCGGGUCGCCCUCAAAGAUACUACGUUGAUGGGCAACCCUAUACCUAAGAACACGCAGAUUGUUAUUUCGCCGGAGCUUAUUAACCACAUGUCAGAGUUCUGGGGACCAGAUGCAGGCCAAUUCAACCCAGAUCGCUUCAUGGGCCCUGGAAAGGCCAAUAAGGGUGGCGCAACCAGCAACUAUGCUUUCUUAAGCUUCCUCCAUGGUCCACGGAGCUGCAUUGGACAGGGUUUCGCCAAAUCUGAGCUUGCCUGUCUUCUUGCAGCAGUAGUGGGUAGCUUUGAGUUUGAAUUGAAAUACCCAAAUGCUAAACUAGAGGUGCGAGAACAAGCAACUAUCUCACCGAGAGAUGGCGUCCUGGCCAAAUUCACUCCCCUAGAGGGAUGGUGA